CUUUCAAUUUCAAAGUUAUGUCAAACUUUAUUCUCUAUUCGUUAUUUAGUGUUCUUUUGCUGAGCAAUGUUGAUAAUUGCUUCGGUAAAAGUAGAUGCGCUGAAUCGGAAUAUCCUGUUUGUGCAACCAAUGGAACUCAUUGGUAUUUUUUUAAAAAUUUAUGUCGUUUAAGAAGUGAAAAUACAAAUCGUGAAAAAAAUAAUUUACCAAAUUUGGAUAUUACGGAAAUUUCAAAUUGUUUCAAAUUGUGUAAUCAAGUGUGCAACGAUGAAAUUGCUCCAAUUUGUGGUGUAAACGAUGAAGAUGAACAGGAAACUUUUGAUAAUAGGUGUCAAUUUGAUUUGGAAAAUUGUAGAUUUGGAAAAAUUUGGUCGAUUCUUCAUGAAGGAAAAUGUCAUAUUGAAUCUAAACCAAAUCCUCAGCCUGAAGAGCCACAGGUAGAACCUCCUCAACCAAAUGAUCAAACGCUUCAAAAGCCAGAUGAUCAGCAACCACCUGUUAAACCUCUUCCACAGCCACCCACUCCACAACCACAACCAAUUCCACAACCGAUUCCAGUACCUAACACUCAUCCACAUACUCAUCAGGCUCCUCCACAAAUUCUACCAAUUCCUCAGCCAAAUGUGCAACCAAACCCACAGCCACUUCCACAACCACAACCACAAGUACAACCUCUACCAAUUCCUCAGCCAAAUGAACAACCAAAUGUUCAACUAAAUCCACAGCCACAUAUUCUGCCUCUCCCAAUUCCUCAACCAAAUUCAUAUCCAGUCAUUCAGCCACAUCCUCAUCCUCAAAUUCAGCCAAUUCCACAGUCACAACCACAAGUACAACCUCUGCCAGUUCCUCAGCCAAAUGUUCAUCCUCUUCCACAACCAAAUAUAUAUCAACAUCCUCUUCCUCAUUUUGAGCCACAUCCGAACUUCCAGAUAUUCCCACAACCACAAGUACAACCUCUCCCAGUUCCACAACCAAACGUUCACCAAUACCCAGGACCACACUUUGAGCCACACCCAAAGCCAAACUUCCAGAUCUAUCCACUUCCUCGUGAAGUCACAAAUCCACAGCCACAAGAACAGCCGCUACCAGUUCCUGAGCCGUCUCCAUCGCCAUAUGUUCAGCAACAUCCACAACCUGGACCAAACUACCAGACUUAUCCACUUCCUCAUAUUCCACAAAUAUUUCCACAUCCAAUUAAUCGGCGAUGUCCCACUCAUUGUACAUUGGAUUAUGAUCCAGUUUGUGCUACUUUCGACGGACAUGACCAAACUUUUGAAAAUGAAUGCUACAUGAGGGCAGAUAUUUGCGGUUCACAACGAGCCUGGACCGUCAAAUACACUGGCGAAUGUCAUGAACGUUGCAAUGAAAACUGUCCAAGAAUCUACAGCCCAAUGUGUGCAACAUUUAAUGGUCAAAAUAAAACCUUUAAUAAUGAAUGUCUUUUCGACUUGGAAGUUUGCGUUUCUGGAAAUCCUUGGAAUAUUUUACACUAUGGUCAGUGCCAAACUCCUGGUCAAAACUGUCCAAAAAUUUGUCCAAGCAUUUACUCUCCAGUUUGUGCCAGCUCCAAUGGUAUUCAAAAAGGAUUCCCUAAUAAAUGUUUUGUCGAAAUUGAUGCUUGCAAAACCGGUCAAGACUGGCAAAUCGUUCAUGAAGGUGAAUGUGAUCAAGUGAUACCUCCACACCAUCCACUACCACCAUACGAUCCAACUAAGAACUGUCCAGAUGUAUGCCCAGCUCUUUAUAGUCCAAUUUGUGCUGUGUUUAGAGGUUCGAAGAGAACAUUUUCAAAUGGCUGUGAAUUGAGUGUUCAAAAUUGCAAAACUGGCCAAAAUUGGCAAGCUCUUUUCAAUGGCCAAUGUGAGAGUGAAAAUCAUGUCCCAAUAAUUCCCUCAUGUUCUUCUCAUUAUGAACCAAUAUGUGCAACACUGAAUGGAUUGAGAAAAACUUUUACCAAUAAAUGCCAAAUGGAUUUGGAAAUUGCAAUAACCAAUCAUGCUUGGACUAUUUUAGCCCCAGGAGAAUGUGAAUCAUUGUCUCCAUAUCCCCUCCCACCAUAUCCACAACCAGAAUAUCCCCAUCCACCACCUGUUCUACCACCAAUUGUUUUGCCACCUAUUCCCCAACCACCAGUUGAACAACCAACCCCAACAAAUAAUAAUUCAGUUAUAGCUUGUCCAAUUUGUGCUGAUACAUAUGAUCCAGUUUGUGGAUUUAGUGAUGGCCAACAACAAACUUUCCAUAGCGAAUGCCUUCUGUUAUCUGAGAAUUGUGCGUCUAAUAAAAAAUGGACUGUUGGAUAUAAAGGCGAAUGUCAAGCUCAAGAAAAUCCACGUAAUUGUCCAAAUCUUUGCCCACUAAAUUAUGACCCAGUGUGUGCUACUUUUAAUGGUGUAAGACGUACUUUCCCUAACGAAUGUGAACUUAAUCAUGAAGCCUACAGAACUAGUACACAAUGGGUUAUCCUCAACAUCGGAGAGUGUGACUACUGUCCGGUUUGUUCAGAUGAUAUUGCACCAGUCUGUGCUGAACUUGAUGGUCAGACGCGAACAUUUGAUAAUGUUUGCAAAGUGGAAGCAGAAAAAUGCCGAACCAAUAAAGCAUGGAAAAUAGUUUCAAAAACAUCUUGUGGAAUCAAUAACUGUCCUAAAUUUUGUCCAAAAUUUUACAUACCAGUUUGUGGCAUCAGCAAUGGUAAAACAAGAACUUUUAGCAAUGUCUGUGAGAUGAAAAGAGAAGCUUGCGUUACAAAUACAGUUUGGAAUAUAGCAAGUAGAGGAAAAUGUCCACUACCAAAUGAAAACUGUCCAAAAUCAUGUACUCUGAAAUAUAGUCCCGUAUGUGCUGUUUAUCAGGGUGUUUCAAAACAAUUCAUAAAUGAAUGUUUUUUGCGAAGUGAAAUCUGCAAAACACAUAAAAAUUGGCAGCUUUUGCAUCCAGGUUCAUGUGCAACUCAUCCACAGCCACAUCCACAACCACAUCCAGAACCACCAUGUGACAAUACAAAUCAAAAACCACGCCCACGACCAUUUCCCCUGACUCCAAGAAUUGGCAUUCCACACCAAGCUGUUCUUUAUUAGUUUGUUCACAUAAACAUUUUUAGGGCACACAUAUGUAUCUACACCACCGAUAUAUAUGAUCUAUAGAGGAACCCUAAUUCCUUAACUUAAUUCUAAUUUAGUAACGAAAAGUGAUAUUUUCGCAAAUAAGAUUAAAACCUGAUUAAUUUGUAGAUUUUUUAUACUUUUUACACUGAUCUAUUUUUAGUCUAUUUUAAACGAGCAGUAUUACAACUAUUGUUAUGUUUGUGAUAUUUUUUUUAUUUUUAUAUAGUUUUAAAUAAAACAAAUGUAUAACGCAUGAA